AUGUCUAUAAAACUUCAAUAUUCUUUAAUCAUACUAGGUGUGACAUAUUUCAAACGAACGAAUGAAACUGUAUAUGAUAUUUGGAAUACAACUGCAGGUACCGAUAGUGUAUAUGCCGUGUCUGGUACUAGUAUAGGUACAUAUUACCCAGGUCAAUCAGCACAAACCGCAUUUGAUGGUGAUUUUACUAAUGGACCUUGCAAUCAUGGAUCAUGCGAUUACACUAAUGGAGCACUGGCAUGCGGAACAAAAGCUGGUUUCUAUCUAACAUUGAACGGUGCUUCGAAAGUUCUUGCAGCAUUCGAUGUGAUUUCACAUACGGGCUCAUGGAGUCGAGUGCGCGAUCCGAUGAUGAUUACUAUUGAGGGCAGCAAUUUAAAUGGGUCGGCUCUUACGCUUGGCUCCAGCUGGACUUUGAUAUAUACUGGUUCUGCAGGGCUCAUAACAGAUCCUGGACGAGCAGCUUGGGGUACAUUGCAGCUAAUUUCAAAUCCUUCAAUCGCAUUCGCAAGCUAUCGUCUACUUAUCACUUCGAAACAAGGUUAUGAUAGUUGUGCAUCAUUUAGUGAAAUUAUAUUUAUUAUGACCUAA